UACGGCGGCGGCGCAGGCUGCGCCACUGUUGACUGUUUUUAUUAUUGUUAUUAUUAUUAUUAUUUUUUUUUCUUAUUCCACUUCAUCAUCCCACUUGUGUGUGUGUGUGUAUAAUAUUAUCCGGCGGUCGUCUGAUAAACCCCGGUGGCUCGUUAGCGCGUGCGUGAAUUUUAGCUGUUUAAACGUCGCAAUUAUUACAACGAGUGUGUGUGUGUGUGUGUGUGCAUGUCGUCGUCCGGACAGUGACAACAAUAAUAAUUUCGUUAUAAUAUUGUUACGCGGUCGGUGCGAAAUACUAUACGGCGGUCUUGUGUGAAACACCAUGUCGCUCUCGUGAAGUCGACGCGAUAACGAUUGAUCCUCGACUCGGACAGUGUUAAGGCGUGCCGCCGUAUUGGUUUCUUCGAUAUUAAUUGAUUGGCCGUUGUAGUUUCCAUUGUUCCGUUGCACAUUCGUGGUUGUUUGCACGAGAGACGGCGGUCGUCGUCGUCGCCAUGGAUUCGCUACGCGAACAAGUCAUGAUCAAUCAGUUUGUGUUGGCCGCCGGAUGCGCUAGAGAUCAGGCCAAACAGUUGCUGCAAGCCGCUCACUGGCAAUUCGAAACUGCAUUGAGUAUAUUUUUUCAAGAUUCUUCUGUAACAAGCUGUAACCAAAAUGCAGCACAAUUUGGAUUUGGUCAAAUGACUCCGUGUAAUACCCCAGCUACACCACCUAAUUUUCCUGAUACUUUGGUCGCGUUUUCACGUAUGACCACUUCUUCUGAAACUUCCAAAUUAGGAUCAUCACCCAAUAUGUCCGUGUCUCCUCAAAAUAACAGAACCUCAUUUGAAAAUAGUCAAUCAAAAAGGCACACUUACGCCCAUAUAGCUCCCAACACAGUUACAAAUAACACAUAGUUAACAAGUUGCUUACAUUUGUUAUUUUUAAAAUUAACUUAGCCAUAUUAUUAUUUUAGUAUCCAAAGAUGAUAAUUUGCUUUCAUUGUAACUUUUACUAUAAAUAAUUGUUUAGAUAUUACGUUUUAUCAUUUGAUUGUUAUUAUUAUUAUUAUUAUUAUUUUGAUUUAUUGUUUUAUUUCUGUUAGGUAUUUUUCAUUAGAUUAAGUGACAAUAUAAAUCAUAUAGAUACCUACUCAAAUUAAUAUUAAAUAAUUACUCUGUAAUCUCUGUUUCUAUUUUAAUGUACAGACUAUAAAGUAAUUGCCCUUACACACAUAUAAUUAGAAGAAUUUUGAGUUAAGUUGUUAUUAAUUUCCUUUUACAAGUUUAGUUGUAUCAUCUUGUACGUUCUCAUAUUACUGAUUUUAUUUUUAUGUAUCUUUUAUAGAAAAUAUUCAUUAUUUUCAUA